CGUAAACUUACCGCUCUCAUCAAACCAUAACACAAGCUGACAUGUGUUCCCGUUUCUGCGGUGUGUAUCAUGGCAGGACUACUGAAGAAAUGUUUGGUGUUAUGGCUGACGCCACCAUGCUCACAUAUCAGGGUAAAAGUCACAUUUUCAAGCUCUCCGCUGCUACAAAGAUUGGUAAGAUUGGAGGACCCCAAGCUACUUCAGACUGCAUGUUUCCUAAGUCAGGAACAGAGACCAAAACUUAAAUGCAGUCCCAACUUACACCAUGUUGCGUCAUUUCAUUGUGGAAAAACUUUGAUGUCAGAAUUCCAGAUAAAUGCUCCUGAGGGACACCACAGUGAUGAUAUCGUCACUUACGUAAAAGACGAAGGUGACCUUCAAAGGCUUCUUGGCAAUCUCACUCAACUUCUUUCUUCUCCCGACUUUGCCAAGAAAGUGAAAAUCAGCGCAGAGGAUGCCGAGUCAAAGAUUGAAGAGCUAACCCGGCUUCUUCUCAGCUUCAGAGCAGACCCUAAAAACAUCUUCAGGUUUCUAGAUUCCAAUCCGCGCGUUCUGAAUUCCAAUUGGGAUGUUUUGAUCGGUAACAUCCGAUACUUGAAUGAACUCCAGGUGUUCAGCAACCGCAUUCUUCUUGUCCUCGACCGUAACCCUAAGCUCUUCAGCGCCCGCUUGAACGACUUAAAAGAGCGCAUCAGGAGACUGCGCAAACUCGGCCUGAGAGAGGGCGGUCUUCAAAGGGUCAUCAUAACGUUUCCGACUAUCUUGACUCUGAAGCAAGUUAGACUCAAUGCAGCUAUCAGUAAGCUGAGAGCUUGCCACUUCGCAAGCAAGCAGAUCGCUACUGUGAUCAUUAACGCCCCUCAAGUUUUGGAUGCUGAGCCUAGUGAUAUUGAGCGUAGAUUCCAGUAUGUGUACUACAUGAUGGGCCUCACAAAUCAAGAGGACAUGGUCUCUGCAAACAUCUUCAAAUAUUCCUUGAGCCACACCCGGCAGCGACACAUCCUCCUCGAGAGACUCGGCAAAUACGAGAUGCCGGACAAGAAAGGACAAACACGUGUCGAUAACCCGAAGCUCAGCAGGAUCGUGGACUGUACAGACUCGAGGUUUGCUCAGAGAUGUGCUGGAAUCGACUUGGAGGAGUUUGAGAUGUUCGUCAAGAAUUUAGAAGCGGAGGAUGAGGUAGCAUUGGAUGAGGAGGAUGAAGGGAGGAACGAAGAUCUCGAAGAUGAAGAGACGGACGAUGAGUUAAGUGAUUAUGAUUACACAAAAGAUAAAUAAGUCUUGUUUGGAUUUAAAUUAACCAACAUACUUUAAAAGCCAAGUGUUCUGCUUUGUUUGAUUCAGCCGAACCAAACUUGACGAUGGGUAUUUAAAUAAGUCUAAACAAUUACCAAUUGCAUAGAGCUACUUUUUAUGAUUAAAAUCAUAAAAAGGUCAUCAUAAAAAGUUCCUAAUCACAACAAAAUUAUGCUCAGCAGAACAAGUUUACCAGCUAAAAUGCCAUAUUAAUUAUGCUCAGCAGAACAAGUUUACCAGCUAAAAUGCCAUAUUAAAAAUGUUCAGCAAUAUUUUUUGCAAAGGGGAGCCCAUUGAAAGUCUUGAGAUGCAACUAUUUUACUGUUAAGUAAUUAUUAAGGGAAUAAAAGGGUAGCGACGAGUUCUUAAACAGCCGCUUAAAACCGACAGGGUAAGUUGCCGUGUGAUAAAGGCCCGAGCCGAAGGCGAAGGCCUUUAUCGCACGGCAACGACCUUGCAAAGUUUUAAUCGGGCGUUUAAAAACGAGUCACUAAUCUUUAUUCCCAUUUCAAAAAACUACAAUUAUUAACACUUUGACAAUUAAAAUUUGAGGUUUGAAAUAUUUGUUCAAAAACUUUGUGAAGAAUCUGUUUGAUGCGCCUGGGUUGUGUGGACGCGCGCGCGCAGGCUUAGAUUCUGCGCUGUUCGUUAUAGCUAUGAAUUGCGUUCCCCGUGAUAAUAUUGGCAUACUCUAGCUUGGGCGCUCGACACGCUGAAGCCAGACGGUUAUAAACAGCUCCAGCUGGUCAUUAUCAACCUUUUAAACACCCCCAUGUGACUCGCUCUCCACCAAUAGGAGUAGCGAAACUGUCUGGGGUAUUUAUGAAUGAAGAUUUAAAUACCUCAAAAUGCAGACUGCAGAAUUAACUCAAUGUAUAUGUCAACUAUCAUCCAUCAGUUGAAUAAAUCAAUCAAAUGAAAACAUGAACUCUCAAAAGUCAACUCUUUAUUCGAUUAUUGAGGCUGUUGAUUUGAGAUUCCUUUACGAUUAAAGGGAAGGUACACCUUUGGUAAUUGUC